UCGGCAGGGCCGAGCGAGGCGCGGCCUCUCCGCGCCGGUGCAGCAGGCACCGAUUUGUAUCGCAAAUGCGAGAGGGGGACGUGGAGCCUUGUUUUCGGCGAUGAGAGCAACGAACAGAUUAAACAGUGACCUGACGCCCGUCUGGGUAAGGCAGAUGAACAAACUAAAUCAUGAUGCCUCAACAGCUAAAAGGGGAACCCAAAUGCAGUUUUCCUCCUUGUGUAGAUGCGGUGGUGGCAAUGGUUAUCCAGCUUCUCAGCUGGAUGUUGGUUUGGAGCCCUUGGGGCAUCCUGCAGAUCCUCUCAAGGUCAACGGCUUCCCGACUUCUUGGUCUACUCCUGUCCUAGAGCCUGAGAGCAAUCCCAGAGCCGUGCCUGUAGGCGAAGGUGAUCCAGCUUCCUGGCUGGGUUCCAGGACUGAGGCUCCGGGAGAUGGCAUGGUUACAGAUGUGCCUGCAGGGAGGACUCUUCUAGCUCCUCGGCUGGAUGCUGUGCUACAGCCUGGCUGGCAUCGCAGGGGUCCUCCGAGAGCCAGGUACCCAGCUGAAGGAGGAAAAAAGUCCCUGGAGCCAUCUGAAGUCCUAAGGCAAAUGCUGAAGGAACUGGAGAGAAGACACAAGACGGACAGAGAGGCUGUGCCGAAGGAGGCGUUUUCGGGAGGAAGCGGUGGCUCACUGCCAGUCUCUGCUGGAGAAUCGGAGGCGACGCAAGCCCCCGGCACACCAGUGCUGUCAAAGCCCGGAGAAGACCACCGCAGCAGCGCAUAUAAAUUUUUUCGAGCGGACUCAGACGUGGUCGGCGAGAGGACCAGAAGUGGUCACGAGCCCCAGAGCUCCGCAAGCGUUCUCUGUCCCCAAGAUGUGCGGAGGCGCUGUAUGAUAGGCACAGCAGCAGUCAUGGUUGCCAUGCCACUUGCAAUACUGUUAUGCUGUGUCACGAUCCGGCACUGGAGGAAAACACUGAGGGCCUCAGCGGCCUCCUCUCUCCACAGGUGUGCCUCUGCUGCUUCAGGCUACCCCUCGCGCCCGGGCAGCCGGACCAGCUGCCCCAGCACCCCUGACAGCUGGAACCAACGACAGCAGCCGAGGGUCCUGCCAGGAAAACCGGUGCGCCCACCCUCCCCGUGGCCCCCCAGCCCGUCCCCGGCAGCCCUGCUGCUGUGGAACGAGCCCAGAGCCCGCCAGCACCAACCGAAACGGCCCUUCCGCCCCCCGAGCCCACUGCUCCGACCCUCCAGCAAGGGCUGA